CACAAGUGCUGCCAAAGUCAAGCCCACUGCGUUGUGGCGACGACGACGUCGACGGAGGGUUCGUUCUCAAGAUGGAGAUGAAUCGUGGGGAGGCGGAGAAGUGCAUGGAGCUGGGAAAGAAGCAUCUACGUGCUGGCAACUAUCGCCAAGCCGUCAAAUGGUUUGACAAGUCCAUUCGAUUGUUUCCAUUGCCUGGGGCAGAAGCCUUACGCGCGAGGUCGGCGGAGUCUGCACAACAGCAGGAGGCUCCCUCGUCGUCGUCCAGUUCGUCCAGUACUGCGCGCGCAGCACCUGCUGCAUCGCCGUCCUCGUCGUCAACUACUGCGUCCCAGCCAGAAGACACACGACCAUACACAGAAGAGCAAGUCCGAAUAGUCCGCAAAAUCAAAAUGUGCAAGACACACUACGACGUCCUUGGCGUAGCAACCAAUGCAGAUGAAAACGAUAUCAAGAAGGCGUAUCGUAAACUCGCGCUGAAGCUGCAUCCUGACAAGAACAGUGCGCCAGGUGCCGAGGACGCGUUCAAGGCCGUGGGGAAGGCAUUUACUAUUCUCAGCGACGACCAAAAGCGAGCAGAUUACGAUCGUUUUGGCGACAACGCUCCGGGCGAGUCCAAUAGUGGCAAUCGGCAGCGAACGCGACAGCACCAUGGUGGCUACAAUGACGACGACAUCAGCCCCGAAGACAUUUUCAACAUGUUCUUUGGGGGCGGUAUUCCCAGACAACGCCAGCACCGCCAGCAAUAUCAGCGACAGCAACAGCAGCGUCAGGCAAACGAAACCCCCCGAACGCCGAUGCAGCAAUUUUUACAAUUUUUGCCGCUCAUUUUGGUGCUGUGUUUGUCGCUGUUCUCGUUUCCGGGCAACCAGUCUCCUCCGUUCAGUUUGAACCCCACGCAAGACAUGCCCGUGCAGCGCACGACCCGCAUGCGCAACGUGAUCAACGGUAUUCCGUACUACGUCGCGCGCGACUUUGAGAGGAGAUAUACAAAUGACUGGCGAGACCUCAUGCGCGUCGAGAAAAUGGUGGAGUCGUGGCAUGUUCAAAAGCUACGAGAAGGGUGCGAAGGCGAGCGGCUCAAGCAAAAGCGGCGUAUCAACAAAGCGCGCAACCACAAGAACGCCGACGAGCGUGAAAGUGCAGUGAAGAAGGCGUUGGCAGUGCCGCUGCCCACGUGCGAAGAACUAAACCGGCUACAAGAGUAGAGAUGCCAACUGACUAGACUCGAGCGACUACUGCAAACGUCGCAACCUUCAAUUUUGUUGCGCAAUGCUCAUGCAAUCGACAAAACCACCUUAUAGUGUGCGGUCGAGGAUAUACUGCAUAAACUUCGCAUUCUGACUGGCUGGAUA